UCUCUCUCUCUGACACUACUCCAAGUACAAAAAGCAGUAACAAAUAGAUUUGAUUUACUAUGUUUUGGUAAUACAGUUGUGUAUGUUCUUCUCACUGACUACCUUGAAAUGAGAUUAGAAUGAUACUAGUUUGAAUUUCUUGUUAUUAUUUGACACUCUCAAAAUGUUCUCUCUCUGUUCAUCCUUUUUUAGUGUCCCUCCAAACAUGAAUUCCUUUUUCAUCAUCAUUUGAUUUGACAUCGUUUCCACAUCAUCUUUCUUUCUUAAAUUCACUUCAUUACAACACACUCUCCUUCAUCUUUAUCUUCCUUUCUUUUAUAUUCUCUAUUUGGUUUGAAGAACCAACCACAAAACUGAAAAUUUGUUCAUGGAAAUUGAUCUGAAUGAUUCAGUAACUGAGAUUGAGAAGAAGAAGAAGAAGACAAAUAAUGUAUCUUGCAACGAGGGCUGUGACAAAAGUGUCUGUGUUUGCACUUUGUCUUCUUCUUCUUCUUCACCAACAUGUUCAACAUCUUCAUGUUCCUCUUCAGCUAUUGUUUCCUCUUCUUAUGUUGAACUAUGGCAUGCUUGUGCUGGUACUCUAACUUCACUUCCAAACAAAGGGAAUGUUGUUGUUUAUUUCCCACAGGGUCAUUUGGAACAACUUUCAUCUUUCUCUCCUUUUUCUUCAUUGGAGAUGCCAACCUAUGAUCUUCAUCCACAAAUCUUUUGUAGGGUUGUCAAUGUUCAAUUACUUGCUAAUAAGGAGAAUGAUGAGGUUUACACACAGGUUACUUUGCUUCCUCAGGCAGAGUUAGCAGGGAUGUUUUUGGAUGGCAAAGAGGCUGAAGGGUUGGAAGAGCAUGAAGAGGGAAAUGGAAAACAACCUACAAAGUCAGCCUCUCACAUGUUUUGUAAGACACUCACUGCCUCUGAUACAAGCACUCAUGGAGGGUUUUCGGUUCCUCGUAGAGCUGCUGAAGACUGUUUUCCUCCUUUGGAUUAUAACCAGCAAAGACCCUCUCAAGAGCUUGUUGCAAAAGACCUGCAUGGCAUGGUGUGGAAAUUUCGCCAUAUUUACAGAGGUCAGCCAAAGAGGCAUCUUCUCACUACUGGCUGGAGUAUUUUUGUUAGCCAAAAGAAUCUUGUUUCUGGGGAUGCAGUGCUCUUUCUAAGGGGUGAAAAUGGAGAGUUAAGAUUGGGAAUCAGAAGAGCUGCUCGACCGAGAAAUGGUCUUCCUGAAUCAAUUGUUGGAAACAAGAGUUGUUAUCCUAGUUUCCUUUCUUCUGUGGCUAAUGCUAUCUCUGCAAAAAGCAUGUUUCAUGUUUUCUACAGUCCAAGAGCAAGUAAUGCUGAUUUUGUUGUGCCAUACCAAAAGUUCGUUAAAAGCAUAAGGAAUCCAGUGACCAUAGGGACAAGAUUCAAAAUGAAAUUUGAAAUGGAUGAAUCUCCAGAAAGGUAUGGUGGUGGUAUAGUGACUGGAAUGAGUGAUUUGGAUCCCUAUAAAUGGCCCAAGUCAAAAUGGCGAUGCUUGAUGGUCAGAUGGGAUGAAGAUAUUGAGACUAAACAUCAAGAUAGAGUCUCUCCAUGGGAGAUUGAUCCUUCUACUUCUCUCCCUCCGUUGAACAUUCAAUCUUCCCGAAGGCUGAAGAAACUGCGGACGGGUCUGCAAGCUGACUCACCCGGUCACCUUAUCACUGUGGUGGCAGCAGACGACAGAGGGUUUAUGGACUUUGACGAGUCUGUAAGAUCACCCAAGGUCUUGCAAGGUCAAGAAAAAACAGGUUUUAUGUCACUAUAUUAUGGAUGUGACACAAUAACUAAGCAGAAAGAAUUUGAUAUCAAUUCUCUAAGCCACACUAAUCAAUUUGAUAUCAAUUCACUAAGCCAUACUAAUCUUGUAUCAACUGGAGCAAGAAAGAUUACUUCUUCCGAGUUUACGAGACUCCGCCCUUCUAGUUAUGCAGGCUUCACAGAAACUAACAGGUUUCCGAGGGUCUUGCAAGGUCAAGAAAUAUGUCCAUUGAGUUCCCUGACAGGAAAGGUUGAUCUAAACCUUAAUGCUUGGGGUAAAACCAAUGUCAGCUACACAAAUUACAACUUGGAUCAAACAACCAGACCUAACUUUCACUCGUUAGGACAACAAAUUCUUCAUAAUGCCUAUUUACCUUAUGGUGAUAUACGCAAAGCUUGUCAAGGUAGCAGCAUGUUGUGUUCCAGACCAACCAAUUUCCAGCUAGAGAAUCUCCCAUUUAGUACUUCUUCAGCUCAGAAGAUAGGUACCAUGAGAAAUGAAGUUGGACUGUCGAGUCUCACAAUCCCGAAUGAGAAGAAUUUGCAGGACAAUAUUUCAGGUGCUACUUCUCUAGGGGAAAAAAUGAGGAUUUCAAAUGAUGAAAAUUUCAAGGAGAAGAAGGUAAAUGCUUGUAAACUAUUUGGAUUUUUCUUGUCCGGGGAAACCACAUCGCAAAAUCUACCAAACUCUGCUAAAAGAAGUUGCACAAAGGUUCACAAGCAAGGUAGCUUAGUUGGAAGAGCAAUUGAUCUCUCAAGAUUGAGCAGCUACAAUGAUCUGAUGAGUGAACUAGAGAGACUAUUUGGCAUGGAAGGUCUUCUAAGAGAUCCUACUAAGGAAUGGAGAGUCCUCUACACUGACAGUGAAAAUGACAUUAUGGUUGUUGGGGAUGACCCAUGGCAUGAGUUCUGUGAAAUGGUAUCAAAAAUUCAUAUUUAUACACAAGAAGAAGUGGAGAAGAUGACAAUUGGGAUGAUGAAUGAUGAUAACCAAAGCUGUUUGGAACAAACACCACUGAUUAUGGAAGCUUCAAAAUCUUCCUCGGUGUGUCAACCAGAUUGUUCUCCAACAGUAGUUAGAAUCUAGUUGCUAUGUUGGCACUGAUUUUAUGUAAUAUAAAUCAGUACUAUUUGCAUAUUUGUCGUAUGAUUGAUUAUUACUAUCUUUGAGCUGUGUCAAAAAAUUUGCUGUCUUGAAGUAGUUAUAAGCCCAACAAGGGAAAAAAAUCUUCAGGGCUAAGGGGGGAAAAAGUGUUUUACAGUGGCACCAUAGUGAUAAAUCAUGAUUGCUUAAAGUUGAAUUAUUCCUAACGUGAAAAAAAGUGUUAGUCUUGUCAGCCAAUAAAACCAAAGGAUAGAGUAGCCCAUGUAAAUACAAUUCAGAUGUUAUGAAUUUGACAUGUUUGGAAUGCAGAUUUGAAUUUGCAAUA